AUGCAUGGCAGCUGCCGGGAACUGACGAACCUUCUGAACGGAGGAGCGGCCAACGUGCCUAUUGAGGUCGUCGUCGACAUCGACCGCCCCGGGCGCUCAGCAGCGUCGUCCUUGCUCCUGGAAGGGGUAACCCCAGACGGGGACUCCGCACUCCACAUCGUAGCAGCCUACGGGUACCAGAUGAAAGCCAGGGCGGUCUACGACAAGGCACCACACCUCUUGGGCGCACGCAACAGCGGCGGCAGGACGCCGUUGCACUGCGCCGCUAGAGCCGGUCAUGCCCCGAUGGCCGCUCUCCUCAUUGAGCUGGCCAGAGGGGAAGAAGUCGCCGGUGAAGAUGGGAGGGUGGAGACGCUGGUGAGGAUGCAGAACGAGCUCGGGGAGACAGCCCUGCAUGAGGCCAUCCGCGCUGGUCACAUGCUCACGGUGGCUGAGCUGAUGACGGCGGACCCGUUCCUCGCUCGCGUUCCGGAGAACGGAACCUCGCCGUUGUUCCUCGCCGUCUCUCUGCGACAUGAAGAAAUUGCGCGGGAGCUCUACGAGAGGGACAAGAAGUUGUCAUACUCCGGGCCAGAUGGACAGAAUGCUCUUCAUGCCGCAGUUCUUCGAAGCAGAGGUACCUGA